AUGGCGUCGACCUUUCCUGGAAUAGUGGCUUUGGCCGGAUUCUAUUUGCGGCACACAAUUCUUCUAGCCGUCUUUUUUUUCAUGUCCAUCUCGCGAAACAUCCAGUUUGUCUACCACAAGGCAUGCCUCCGGUUUUUCUCCAUGGCUUACUACCCAAACAAAACGCCUCAGGUGAUCCGUGAUGACGUUACAAAAUUGAGCAAAAUCCCCAAGCACGUCAGCUGCAUUGUAAAUUUGCGGACAGAAGAUUCCGAAAACGGCGGGGUGGACGGCCUUGUGGGCGACAUUUCUGAGUUGGCCGCCUGGUGUUUAUCAGCGGGGAUUCCCACUUUGACUGUUUACGAGUACAAUGGGGCUAUCCGUGGCAGCUUGCCCGAAUUGGAGCACUACAUUAGCCGCAACUUGCGCGCAUACUUUGGUAGCCCUGUGCCCACUUUCUCUAUUCGUGUGCCGCAUUCGAAUGUCACACGCUUGGCAGGCGACGAUCCUUCAGCUGAGCCCAACCUUGAGAUCAGCUUGCUCUCGCACGUGGAUGGGAAGCCCACCAUUGUCGAGCUCACCAAGACUAUGAGCGAGCUCACCGCCAGUGGAGAAUUGUCUCCCAAAGACAUCACGGUAAAGUUGAUUGAUGAAGAGCUUCGUGAGUUGGUUGGGCCUGAGCCGGAUUUGUUGAUUUGCUUUGGUCCCGUCUUGGACUUGCAGGACUACCCACCAUGGCACAUCCGCCUCAGUGAGAUUUACUGCGAUUCUGACAACACAAGCGUCAAUUAUGCGGUGUUUAUUAGGGCGUUGCGUCGUUUCGCCAACUGCAAGGUUAAUUUGGGAAAGUAG